CGGUGGGCGCAGCGCUCCCGUCGGGCCGCGCGCGGCCGGAAGCGGAAGUGAGUGGUGCUGGUGAUCAUGGUGCCGCCGGGGUGGGGACGGAGGUGCCGCCGCUGCCGGGAGCUCGAUGAACCGCUCCGGUGUGACCCCGCGGGAUCGCUGUGAGCGCUGAGCCAUGGGCGAGAACAGCCCCGACGGCAGCGCGACCUUCUGCGAGGGGGAGGAGGAGGAGCUGGCCCAGGAUGGCAACAUGAUGAGGUUUGGCGACAAAAACGGGCUGGUUUCCUCAUCGUCCGGGACGGUGUACGACAGGACGACUGUGCUGAUAGAGCAGGACCACAGCGUGCUGGAGGAUGAUGAGGACGAGGGACAGUGCGGCGAUCACUUGCCUUUUCUGCCGGAGGGUCACGAGGAAGGAUUUCAUUUAAUACCAGAUCAUGAAGGAAUGUCCCAGGGUUACGUGCAACACAUUAUUUCUCCAGAUCAGAUCCAUCUAACAAUAAAUCCUGGUUCAACUCCUAUGCCAAGAAAUAUCGAAGGAGCAACGCUCACUUUGCAGUCCGAAUGCCCAGAAACCAAGCUUAAAGAAGUGAAGAGAUACCAGUGCACCUUCGAGGGCUGUCCGCGCACCUACAGCACUGCCGGGAACCUGCGCACUCACCAAAAGACGCACCGUGGGGAAUACACUUUUGUCUGCAAUCAGGAAGGCUGCGGCAAGGCCUUUCUUACCUCCUACAGCCUCAAAAUCCACGUCCGAGUGCACACGAAGGAGAAGCCGUUUGAAUGUGACGUGCAGGGCUGCGAAAAGGCGUUCAAUACACUGUACAGGUUGAAAGCACAUCAGAGGCUUCACACAGGGAAAACAUUUAACUGUGAAUCGGAAGGCUGCAGUAAAUACUUCACAACGCACAGCGACCUGAGGAAGCACAUCCGAACACACACAGGAGAAAAGCCAUUUCGGUGCGAGCACGACGGCUGUGGGAAGGCUUUUGCUGCAAGCCAUCACCUUAAAACACACGUUAGGACACAUACUGGGGAGAAACCCUUCUUCUGCCCCAGUAACGGCUGUGAGAAGACCUUCAGUACACAGUACAGUCUCAAGAGCCACAUGAAAGGUCACGAGAAAGGACAUUCCUAUAGCGCACUUCCCAAUAACAGCGUCUCUGAGGAUACAAGCCACUCCCUUUGCCUGAGUGACUUAAGCCUCAUAUCAACAGAUUCAGAAUUGCGGGAGAGCUCAAAUCCGACACACGGACAAGACCUGAGCACAAUCUCACCAGUCAGCAUCUUCGAGUCGAUGUUUCAGAGCCCGGACCACACUGCAAAUCCGGACGACUCUCAGCAGACAGCUGCCUUGAUUGAAGGUUUUAACGGCGACGCAGACUCGGUCACUGCUGUCCCGCCUUCUGCAGGAGACUCAGCGUCGUUGUCUCUUCCACUCGUCCUGCAGCUCGGCAUCCCGGAGCCGUCGCACUCAGCACUACAAGCCUCAGCAGCGCCCGCUGCGCCCUCCUCCAUAGGAACCAGCUCACAGCAAGCUGCAUUCGGGAAUCCUGCAACUGUUUUACAAUCCCCAGAAGUGCCUGUUCCUCGCAGCACACAGUUCGCAGCCAGUCACCAAGACUUCCUGCAGCACACUCAGACCCCGCCGCAGCCCGUCGUGCAGGGACUUUCGGUGGUUGCUGGGCCACCGGCCCCGACAGCCCCAAGUGCCGCUGAGCCCCUGCCCGCUGUCGUUCAGACUGUGCCUGUUGCGGCCAACCCUGUUCUGACCAGUAAUCCAACGAUAACCAUUACUCCUUCUCCGAGCACCGCUAUCCUGCAGUCCAGCAUUGUCAUGGACGAGCAGAACUUACAGUGGAUCUUAAAUGGUGCCACUGGUUCUCCGCAAAGCCAAGAACAAAUGCCACAAGUUCCAAAAGUAGUAGAAAAGGUCUUUUUUACAACUGCGUUACCAGUAGCUGGCAAUACAGGAAACCCUGUUCAGCAGAUCGGUCUCAGCGUCCCUGUCAUCAUUAUAAAGCAGGAGGAGGCCUGCCAGUGCCAGUGUGCCUGCCGAGACUCUGCCAAGGACAGAGCCGCCCUCAAGAAGGAAUGUCCCUCGCCCGAUUCGGAGGCUUUGGAGCAGCCAGCUCCCCCGCUGCCGCCUCAGACCUUUCCUUCCUCUUCCUCUUCCUCUUCCCCUUCCUGCGGGCAGAGCAGGCAGAUCGUUAACCCUUCAGACUCCCAGACUGAAACGUUAAGUGCCAUGGAUGUCUCGGACUUCCUGUCUCUCCAAAGCCCUGAAACCCCAUCUAAUAUAAUUCCAAUCGAAGCACUACUGCAGGGUGAGGAAGAAAUGGGUUUGAACAGCAGCUUCUCUAAGUGAAGAUGUUCCAGAUUUUCCUUUGCACCUGGAGGGUCAAACCCUUCUCCUUAGAAGCAGAAACUGAAGGAUCAAUUAUUUUUCCUUCCUCUUUGGAAGUUUUGUGGCUUAUUUCUGCUUCACAGAUGUCAUCUUCGUCACGUCCCAGGUACAUCCAUCUUUGAGAAUCUAUCUAAAAAAAAAAGAAAAGAAAAAAAAGAAAAAGCUAAGUUAUAUAUGAACUGUUUUGGCUGCACUGUCUGUCACUUUUGCUUGUCAUAUGUGAACACAGAAGUUAAGGUUACUCAUGUGCAAAAAGAUUUUUAAAAAGAAAAAGGGGGGUUAGUUUGUCUCCAGUUGCACAUCAGUUAUGUUUGGGAUUAAGGUACUGGCAGUGAGUGGGUCUUUGUUACAACUCCUUGGGUCUAUAAUUUCUUCUGUCUCUUGUCUGAUACUAAUCAUGCACUAUAAGGGGAGCCCAGGAAAGGAAUUUGCUGUUGUAGAAAAUGGUGUUAUUGUAGGAGAUGAUUUAUCUGCCAUUUCAUUGGGAUGCGCUUGUCUCAUCACUGAGUUGGGAGCUGAUACCUGGGUUUGCUUUGUUCUGUAGCUGUUCCUAAAGCUUGCAGAAAUUUUGAGGAGUUCCUUUCGGAUAGAUCUGUUCAUUUAAUUUCGUUAGGACUUAGAAGUGUGGUGGCAGACGCUGCUUCACAACGUGGAGACCCGGUGGGAGCCCCAGCUCACUGGGGCUCAGGGUCUGUUGUUGGGCUGCGGGGGACGCGGCGAGUCCCCGCUGUGGUCAGGUUGUCCUGCUGCUCUGCUGGUUUCUGUGGUUCCGUGCAGGAGCAAGUCACCCCCAGAACCCCCGCGACUGUUUAACGAGGAGCGUGGUGCCUUUGCUGGUUACUCUCAUCUUUUGUCAAGAACAACUCUAGGAAACUUUUCAGAAUGAUUCAAGAUAAAUUCAGUUGGAAUUCAGUGAGUCUGUUCCUUCAGCUGUCCAUAAAUGCUUCUUUUUUGUCUGUUGAGUUAUAUAAUUUCUGCCUGAAUCUGCCUCCAACCUACUGCAAUGCCAGCUUCUUGUGCACGGGGCUAUUUCUUGACUAAAAUAUGUUACACGACGUAGUAGUUUUUCAUAUCAAACUGAAAGUCUAUAUUCUAACCUACUCAGGGUAAAUAAAACACAAACCCCCCUUCCACCAAAAAGCCUGUAAUGUUGCAAUAAAUGCAGUCUCAUUCUAAAUGGUUUAUUUAUGCUGCAUUAUUUUAAAAGAUGUAAUUUUAUAGUGUUUUAUCCAUCUUUCUGGCUUGGGCUGUCAGGUUUUUUUUUUUGUGUGUUAAAGGAAAGAAUAUUAAAUAGUCUUUAUUCAGUUUACAGCCUUGUCAUUAGUGAGAUACAAAGAUAAUGACUGCAAGCCAAUUAACGUGGAGUGUCUCUGCACUAAAUUUAGUCAUGCAAACCUCUAGUGGGUAGCGCUCUUUCCCUCUGGAUCUGAUCAAAGCUGCUCAGUGUACCCGCGGGGGUCCCACAGGACCCCGGGGCUGCGGGUGACGAGCAGGCGAUGAACCCCCCGUGCUGAGCGCUCUGUAGCCUCAGCCCCGCGGCGCCGGCCGAGCCGGGUCGGGCUGCAGCGACCCUGUCUGAGCGCGCGUGCGUGCAAGAGGCCGCUGACGCAGGAGCGUGCAGAUGCCCCUGGAGUUGCGGCUUUUCUCCGAUGGGGACAACGGUACCAGAUGUGGCCUGAAACGCGACAAUUGGGGGAUUUAGCAACCUCAUCAGAGCCUUUCCCUCCUUCAGAGAAGUGUUUUUCCGUGCUACUUGUGAUUCAGUCCACCUAAAAUGCUUUUGGUUGGACCAGAGAGCGCCUUCAGGGACCCCGUUGUGACAGAACUGAGUAAGAUCGUCUGCCAGAGGCGUUGGAAUAGGAAGCUGAUUGGGGAGCGUGGGGAUCGGCGGCGGCGAGGUACGCGUGUGCUUUCCGAGCGGGCGGCAGAGCUUCCCCUCCGCUGUUCUCACAGCUGCUGCUUUCUGUUGGUGUGUUUAGGAAAAGCAAUGUGCUCCAAGUUGACACUGACUUCAGGUGCGUUGGGUUUGCCGUCACCCUCUUGUAUGUGCACCAGGUGGGUUGCGAUUCAGGUGAAACUAAUUAGAGCUUGUAACGAGGCAGGAGCAGCGCGAUUCUGUGAGCGCACGGGCUGCCGCACCGUGGGCUGUGCGUCCCACGGGGCUGUGUUGUACAGGUAUGUGCUUCAGCUGCUUAGUUGCUGGUCUGCUUUCCGGAGUGUUCCGUGCUGUGCCUGGUCCCUGUCACGGGUGUUUUGUCGUCCCCAGGGCUGUGUGAGUAGCCCCUGUGACGGUCACCGUGCUGGGACGGGAGCAGAUCCGCGAGCAGCUGGCGAGAGGGCAGACACAGCACACCCCGGGAGAACGUCCUCUCCUCCUCCCCUCGCGUCCCCAGCACUUACCACAGGCACACCAACAUUUUUAAUAAAGUGGGGAGUUCCUGCCGUUAUAGAUCUGCUAAAAUGUUGAAUUCCCAGAAAAGGGCACGUUGGGUUAAUACGCCAGAGCCCCUGCGAACAGUGUGCCCUCCCUCUGCAAAAUCUGCAUUUCACAAAGCCCUUUAAUGAUCAGAGAGCAACACCGCACUGCUCUGGGUCGCUCUUUUAGAGGUUUUGCUGUUUUGUGGCACGUGGGGAUUUGUUACUUACAGUUUCUAGAUGAUGCAGAAGCUUAAACAUGUAGAUAUGGGUCUAAUUCCUGACAGUGGUGGCUCCACUCCCCAGGCGGUGGCCCAGGCAAGCAGUUGAAGGCUGGAGAAGUUGCUUUUCAUGCUUGUAGAUGGUAGAGGGACGGAAAAUGUGCACUGUUUAAAUGCUGGUACUGAGCUAUAUAGGACAAAGUACGAAUUGGGCACUUCUGUAAUGCUGGCUGUGUCCAGAAAGACUAGUUCGCAGAACCUCAUACUGGUAUCUAAAAUGCACUUUAGGUUAUUUUAUCUUUAACCCAAUUGCUGCAAUUUCUUUUGUAUAUACUUUCACAAAGUUUAUUUUUGCUCUGAGUAAAAGUGAACAGGGGUGUGCAAAGAUGAGCGCUUAACUUGGUGCAAUAUACAGAUCCUUGUCCUGCGUGGUCAGUCUGUGUCUGUCUAACGGAAUGAAUCCAGUAACGAGCUCAGCGAUGCUCUGCCCUCCCCGUCUGCACCCCGGAGAAUUAUGCACCAUUAGCAAACGUCCGAUCUAUGCAAAUACUCACUGAGAGCACUGUGCUUUCGCCGGCCUGUCCUCUCGCGCUUUCUGGCAGCUGCUUGUCACUGUGGUGGGACACGGCUGUGAUCUGGUGUGUGUGUCCUGUCCCUGCAAUGGGACACGGCUGUGAUCUGGUGUGUGUGUUCUAUCACUGUGGUGGGACACGGCUGUGAUCUGGUGUGUGUGUCCUGUCCCUGUGGUUGGACACGGCUGUGAUCUGGUGUGUGUGUCCUGUCGCUGUGGUGGGACACGGCUGUGAUCUGGUGUGUGUGUCCUGUCACUGUGGUUGGACACGGCUGUGAUCUGGUGUGUGUGUCCUGUCCCUGCAAUGGGACACGGCUGUGAUCUGGUGUGUGUGUCCUGUCACUGAGGUUGGACACGGCUGUGAUCUGGUGUGUGUGUGUCCUGUCGCUGUGGUUGGACACGGCUGUGAUCUGGUGUGUGUGUCCUGUCCCUGCAAUGGGACACGGCUGUGAUCUGGUGUGUGUGUCCUGUCACUGUGGUGGGACACGGCUGUGAUCUGGUGUGUGUGUCCUGUCACUGUGGUUGGACACGGCUGUGAUCUGGUGUGUGUGUCCUGUCACUGUGGUUGGACAUGGCUGCGAUCUGGUGUGUGUGUCCUGUCCCUGCAAUGGGACACGGCUGCGAUCUGGUGUGUGUGUCCUGUCCCUGUGGUUGGACACGGCUGUGAUCUGGUGUGUGUGUCCUGUCACUGUGGUUGGACACGGCUGUGAUCUGGUGUGUGUGUCCUGUCGCUGUGGUGGGACACGGCUGUGAUCUGGUGUGUGUGUCCUGUCGCUGUGGUUGGACACGGCUGUGAUCUCGUGUGUGUGUCCUGUCACUGUGGUGGGACACGGCUGUGAUCUGGUGUGUGUGUCCUGUCCCUGCAAUGGGACACGGCUGUGAUCUGGUGUGUGUGUCCUGUCACUGUGGUUGGACACGGCUGUGAUCUGGUGCGUGUGUCCUGUCACUGUGGUUGGACACGGCUGUGAUCUGGUGUGUGUGUCCUGUCACUGUGGUUGGACACGACUGUGAUCUGGUGCGUGUGUCCUGUCACUGUGGUGGGACACGGCUGUGAUCUGGUGUGUGUGUCCUGUCACUGUGGUGGGACACGGCUGUGAUCUGGUGUGUGUGUCCUGUCACUGUGGUGGGACACGGCUGUGAUCUGGUGUGUGUGUCCUGUCACUGCGGUUGGACACGGCUGUGAUCUGGUGUGUGUGUCCUGUCACUGUGGUUGGACAUGGCUGUGAUCUGGUGUGUGUGUCCUGUCCCUGCAAUGGGACACGGCUGUGAUCUGGUGUGUGUGUCCUGUCACUGUGGUGGGACACAGCUGUGAUCUGGUGUGUGUGUUCUGUCCCUGCAAUGGGACACGGCUGUGAUCUGGUGUGUGUGUCCUGUCACCGUGGUUGGACACGGCUGUGAUCUGGUGUGUGUGUCCUGUCGCUGUGGUUGGACACGGCUGUGAUCUGGUGUGUGUGUCCUGUCCCUGCAAUGGGACACGGCUGUGAUCUGGUGUGUGUGUCCUGUCACUGUGGUUGGACACGACUGCGAUCUGGUGCGUGUCCCCCCUCUCUCGUCCCCUGCUCUGUUCUGCCACGCCAGGACCACCAGGAGUGACGAGCUGCUCAGAACAGGCAUGUUGCACCUUGGAAAUGUCUUUGAGAUCAGUUUUGAUGUCAUGUUAUCUGCCUUACUUCGUGCACCUGCAGCAACGUUGUCGAAGCGUUUACAGUACUUUUCCCACACCAGUUUUAGAUAAGGCUGCGAGGAGGAGCUGGGAGGCGGCUGGUGGUGCUGAGGCACCGUGACCUUGGAGCUGAGUGGGGCUGAGCAGCUGCUCCUGCCCGGGGAGCGCAGCUGCGGUGAGGGGCAGCCGCGUCUGCCAUGUGGAGCAGGCGGGAUCUCGGUGUCACAUUCUCUGUUCGGCUCUGAGACCGCGGGCGAGUCCCCAAACCCCUGCGGGUCCUCCCUGGACAAAGGGGGCGGUGAAGCCGCUUUGCAACGCGCUGGGAAAUCUGUUGGCUUUGGGGAUCUGGCCUGGCUGGGCAGAACUGUUAGAGUCAGUUUGGACCGUAAGGCAAAAAAAUAAAAGGCAUGUCUUUAAUAAACCCUACAAAUUUCUGAUUGCAUAGUUUUUAAUUGCUACACUAUUUUUUCCAUAACAUAUUUUGGAAACAACGUCAAGUUUUUAUAAGUGUUACCUGUAGUUGAUACUCAUGGACAGGGCUGAACUUUUACCUUUUUUGCGUCUUGUCUGGAUAUCUCUCCUGUGUUCUAGAAGUUGGAUUCUGUGUCUGCACUGAGAAAUGCAAAUUAAACUGGAUAUUUAUGUAGUAGUGUACAUAGUCGACGUGUGUGUGUUCUCAGAACCAGUUUAAAACAAUCCCACACCAUGCUUCGGGUGGUGUGCAAGCUGGCCAAAAUUUGGUUCAUUAUGCAGUGUACACUUUCUCAAAAAAAAAAAACAACAAAAAAAGCAGUUUCUACUUUUUCUUACAAGAAAUUUUUUUCAUAGGAUCUUUUACAGCAAAAUCAAGGGUGUGUUUCUGCAGAGCCGUAGUUCCAGGAGCUGGUCUUUCUUGCUGUGUGGCUGUGUGUCCGUCCUCUUGCUUUCUGCCUGAGCCUCGCUUGGAGAGGUGCGGGAGCGGUUCUGGUGGCCACGGGCCAGCGGGGCCGGGGGCCGGCGGGGCCGGGGGCCGGCGCAGCGCCCCAGGGAGGCCGGGGCCCCGCAGGUGUCUGUGCUGCUUUUGGGGGGAGCCGGGCCGUGGGCUUGGAGGUGACAAAACAAAGGAACCCUGGUUUGUCAAGAAUGUGUGCGUGGUGUUAAAGGAAUUUAUUUAACGAUGAAACAUGGGAACAAAUGUGCUUACAUUGAGCAAUGUGAAUAUGUUAGUUACAGGUACAGUACUUCCAAAGGAAGAGCAUCUCCAAAACCCAAAAGAGUAAAUAUGAAUUUGUAUUUUUUGAAGAAUGUAAAAUGUGAAAUAAUGGUGUUUGCUUAAUUGCUCAUUUUGUAUGAAGUUAAUAUUGUACUUUGAAAUAUCUGCAAAGAAGUGGAAAUUAACUUUUUUGGAAUUGAAAGCAAUAUUAAUACUAAUGGAAUCCUAAUUAAAUGCUUAUUUAAA